AUGGCCGGAGAGGUCUAUGCCUCCCCAAUCAACUCUGUACGGAAUGGGGAGCAGACAUUCGAUCAUGCUGUACCUGGAGUCUACACAGCUGCAAGAUGUCCAGGGGGAAGGAGAACGGAGACUGGGGUCAGUGAGUUUCUCCUACUCGGCAUCACCAAUGACCCAGAGCAGCGACAAGCGCUCUUCUGGGCCUUCCUGCGCAUGUACCUGGUCACCAUGACUGGGAACACACUCAUCAUCCUGGCCAUCGGCUCUGACCCCCACCUACACACCCCCAUGUACUUUUUCUCGGCCAACCUCUCCUUUGUUGACCUCUGCUUCACCACCAACCUGAUCCCCAGGCUCCUGGCCAGCCACGUGGCCAGAACACGGACCAUCUCUUACUCCCACUGCCUGACCCAGAUGUACUUCCUCAUCUCCUUUGCCAAUGUGGACACCUUUCUGCUGGCUGCCAUGGCGCUGGACCGAUUUGUGGCCAUCUGUUACCCACUGCAGUACUGCAGCAGCAUCACCCCCAGGCUCUGUGGGGGGCUGGCGGCCCUAGUGUGGGCAUCCUCCAGCCUUAUCUCCCUGGUGCACACCCUCCUCAUGAGCAGACUGGCCUUCUGUCCCUCAGCUCGAGAGAUCUCCCACUUCUACUGUGAUGCUUAGCUGCUCAUGAAGAUGGCCUGCUCAGACACACAUGUCAAUCAACGUGUAUUCCUGGGAGCCAUAGUCCUGUUUGUGGCCCCCUGCAUGCUCAUCCUGGUCUCUUACUUCCACAUAGCUGUGGCGGUCUUCCAGAUGCCCUCUGCCAAAGGGAGGCACAAGGCAUUUUCCACAUGCAGCUCCCACCUAUCGGUGGUCACCUUGUUCUAUGGGACAGUUCUGGGGAUCUACAUACGGCCCCCAGGCUCUUUCUCCACCCGGGACACUGUAGCAACCAUCAUGUACACUGUGGUGACCCCCAUGCUGAACCUCUUCAUCUACAGCCUGAGGAACAAAGACAUGAAGGAGGCACUAACAAGGCUCCUCAGCAAGGGCUCAAAGUCCUCUUAG